UGCUUGAAACUUUUCCUUUAAAAUGAAAAAGAGCAGCCAGUUGAAUUCAAACUUUCAAAGCAAACAUGACUUUUUUUUGUCUUCGUCAUUGAGUUGUGUAACGUGUCGAUGUUCGCAGUUGACGAUUUUUUUUUCGACGACCUCGCGUGUUGUGUUGUGUGCGACUUGUAAACUAGAGAGACGCCGGGUCACUUUUUUUUUUUUUUAGCUGACAUUCAGCUGAAUAGGCGAAAGCGCCAGAGAGCGCGUGUGUGAAUAGACGCAUUGUGGGGCUGCCGCCUGCCUGUCUGGUUUAGUGUGUAUGUCAGUGUGUGUGUGUGUGGCCUCGGCAUGCUUUUCUCUUCCGUGUCGUUUGUGCCACACGCACUCCCCAUCAUCGCUGCCUGCUGGCUGACACGCUGCGUGGACGGGCAGGAGGACGUUACCGGCGACAGCGAGCUGCCCGCUUGUCUACACUCGCCGCUCGCUUUCGGCUGUUCACGGCGGUGACCGUCAAACAACAACAACAACAACGGAAAGUCCUCGCCAUGCCCCAGACUGGCAAAUCGAGAAACGCCCCGCCGGUGUCGGACUCCCCGCGGCCCCAAAUGGGGGCCUCGGCUGGGGAUCCAGAAGGACUCCGAGAUGACGAGGGGGACACCGGACAGGACAACCAAGGAGACGAGGACAUCAUCAAAUCUCCAAAUGAUCCCAAACAGUACAGGUACAUUGUGCUGGCCAACGGGCUGCGCGCUCUGCUCAUCUCGGACUACAGCAGCCCGGCCGUGUCCAAAGACAACGAGGAAGAGGAGGAGGAGGAAGAAGAAGAAGGUGGCGAAGAGGAGGAAGAUGACUCGAGCGAAGAAACGAUGGCGGAGUCGGAUGAGGGUGGCGACAAAGAUGAUGACCGGGAGGGGAGGAAGAAGAGAGGAAAUGCAGAGAAGCAGCGUGUACACGCACGUGCGUGCGUGCAUGUGUGUGUGUGUCAGUCUGCAGCCGCCUUGUGUAUCGGAGUGGGCAGCUUCAGUGACCCCAGCGACCUCCCCGGCCUUGCCCACUUUCUGGAACACAUGGUUUUCAUGGGCAGUGAGAAGUACCCCUCGGAAAACGGCUUUGAUGCCUUCCUCAAGAAGCACGGCGGCAGCGACAACGCCUCCACCGAUUGCGAGAGGACCGUCUUCCAGUUUGACGUGCAGAGGAAAAGCUUCAAAGAGGCACUCGACAGGUGGGCUCAGUUCUUCAUCUGCCCCCUGAUGAUCCGAGAGGCUAUCGACAGGGAAGUGGAGGCCGUCGACAGCGAAUACCAGCUGGCCAAACCGUCUGAUUCGCACAGGAAGGAGAUGCUGUUUGGCAGUUUGGCCAAACCGGGACACCCCAUGGGCAAAUUCUGCUGGGGGAACGCGCAGACUCUGAAGCAAGAGCCCAAGAAGAAGAAGAUCAGCGUCUACAACCGACUACGCGCCUUCUGGGAAAGACACUACUCUGCACAUUACAUGACCCUGGCUGUCCAGUCCAGAGAGAAGCUGGACACCCUGGAGAUGUGGGUGCGCGAGAUCUUCAGCCAGGUGCCCAACAACGGCCUUGCCAAGCCAGACUUCUCCAACAUGCUGGAUCCCUUUGACACGCCAUCUUUUAACAAACUAUACAGAGUCAUCCCCGUUCGGAAGGUGCAUGCCUUAAAUAUCACUUGGGCGCUCCCCCCUCAAGAAAAGCACUACAGAGUGAAGCCUCUUCACUACAUAUCGUGGCUGAUUGGCCACGAAGGCCCAGGAAGCAUCCUCUCAACGCUCAGGAGGAAGUGCUGGGCUGUCAAUCUGUUCGGAGGUAACAGCGAAAGCGGCUUUGAUCAAAACACCACCUACUCCAUUUUCUCCAUCUCCAUCACGCUCACCGACGAAGGUUUCCAGAACUUCUACCAGGUGACCCACCUGGUGUUCCAGUACCUCAAGAUGCUGCAGAUCCUCGGACCGCAGAAAAGGAUAUACGAAGAGAUUCAGAAGAUCGAGGCCAACGAAUUUCGCUAUCAGGAGGAGAGCGACCCUAUCGAACACGUGGAGGACAUCUGUGAGAACAUGCAGCUCUUCCCCAAGGAAGACUUGCUGACGGGAGACCAGCUGAUGUUUGACUUCAGUCGCGAGGUGAUUGGUGCAGCGCUGUCCCUGCUCACCCCCGAGAAAGCCAACCUGAUGCUGUUGUCGCCAGAACACGAGGGCCGUUGUCCCCUCAGGGAGAAGUGGUUUGGAACACACUACAGCGUGGAGGACAUCCAACCGGAGUGGAUGGAGCGUUGGACAGGAAAUUUGGAGCUGAGUCGCCAGCUUUUCCUUCCUGCGGAGAACAGGUUCAUCGCCUCCAACUUCACCCUCAAGCCUUCGGACUGCGCCGACGCCGAGUUUCCAGUGCGCAUCGCCAGCAGUGACACAGGCUGCCUGUGGUACAAGAAGGAUAACAAAUUCAAAACUUUCAAAGCCUACAUCAGAUUUCACCUCAUCUCACCUGUAAUCCAGCAGUCUGCUCAGAACGUGGUGCUGUUCGACCUGCUGGUCAACAUCCUGGGCCACAAUCUGGCCGAGCCCGCUUAUGAAGCCGAGGUGGCCCAGCUGGAGUAUAAACUGGUGGCGGGCGAGCACGGCCUGGUGAUCAAGGUCAAAGGAUUUGACGACAAAUUGCCUCUUCUCUUCCGCCUGAUCAUUGACCACCUGGCUAACUUCAAGGCCCCUCCAGACGUCUUCAGCAUGUUCUCGGAGCAGCUGAAGAAAACCUACUUCAACAUCCUCAUCAAGCCCGCCAAGCUGAACAAGGACGUGCGGUUGUUGAUCUUGGAGCACGGGCGCUGGUCCAUGGUGGACAAGUACCAGGCGCUCGUGGCCGGCCUCACCAGUGACCAGCUGACGGACUUCAGCCGAAGGCUCAAGGCCGAGCUGUACGCCGAGGGCCUGGUGCAGGGCAACUUCAGCCGUGACGAGUCGCGAGGCUUCCUGCAGUACGUGACAGACAAGCUGCAGUUCUCCAAGCUGCCAGUGGAGGUGCCAGUGAUGUUCCGAGUGGUGGAACUGCCGAGGCAGCACCACAUCUGCAAAGUCAAGUCUCUGAACAAGAGAGACGCCAACUCUGAGGUCACAGUCUACUACCAGUCUGGAUCCAAAGACUUGAGGGAGCACACACUGAUGGAACUCUUCGUGAUGCUUAUGGAGGAGCCUUGUUUCGACUUCCUUCGCACCAAAGAGACACUGGGGUACCAUGUCUACCCAGCCUGCAGAAACACUUCGGGCGUUCUGGGUUUCUCCAUCACAGUGCAAACGCAGGCCUCCAAGUUCAAUACAGAGGUGGCCGAGUUAAAAAUUGAAGAGUUCCUCGCUUCAUUUGGUGAGACCCUCGGCACGCUGACUGAUGAGGCCUUCGACGCUCAGGUGAGCACUCUGAUGAAGCUGAAGGAGUGUGAGGACACACACCUGGGCGAGGAGGUGGACAGAAACUGGACGGAAGUGGUCACAAAGCAAUACAUGUUUGACCGACUCAACAGAGAGGUUAAGGCCUUGAAGCAGAUAAACCGCGGCGAUCUGCUGUCCUGGUACCACCACCAUCGAGGACCUUACAGCCGCAAACUCAGUGUACAUGUGGUGGGUUUCGGCGUUGAGGAGGGCGACAAGCUCAACGAUGAUGAGGCGGCGGGACUCCCCGCCCAGGGUGAGGGCUCCGGCAGCUCGGCUUACGGCGAGGUGUCCAGGCUCACCUUCCUGGCGCCCUCACCCAAGAUGGCGGGCGCCACUGCCAUCAUGGACAUUAAUGCCUUCAUUCGAGAGCUGUCUCUCUUCCCCUCUAGCACUGUUUAUUAGCUUUGUGUGGAAUGAAGCGUGCAAAGGAAUACUUUAAGUGAUAAGUUAAUUGCUCUGACUUAAUAAAAUAACUUUUCCACAUUGAA